AUGAUUGAUAUAUCUGCAGGAACUAAAAAACUAUAUAUGAACGGGAUCACUCCAAAGCAUUUGCGGAUAUUAUUUCCAGAUGGCGAUUUUGAAACUAUUGAAAAUGACAAGAUAGUUGCAGAGUCGCUGGAGUUCCGUGAGAACCUUGUGCAAGGUGAGUUUAAGUUUGGAUUAUGCCAGGCAAAUUAUUUUAGCGUACAAAUUGCUGAAAAAAUUGAUAAAAACGUAAGGAUUCAAAUUGAAAUAGGUGUAGAAGAUACAUAUAUCUCAUUGGGCGAGUUUACUGUUGGCGAGGUAAAAAAAGACAAUCAGCUUGACUUGUGGACUAUCGAAGGAUAUGGCAAGGCAAUGAUUGAGAAGAAGGAAUGGGCGAGCAUAGAACUAUGGAAAAGAAGCCUUCCUGUGCUUUCAACUGUCAAGUAUGAGACUCCAAUUGAGUAUGCAAUGAUAAACCAAAAGUCAUACCCUAUUAGCAAUCUUACGCCUAAAACAUUCAGCCGAAGCAUAUCUACUAUUGAAUUUUGGAAAAAUGACAUGAUUGUUGAUGGCGCACUUAGAGAUGUAAUAAUAAAUUACAGAGGACAGAUUCUGUUAAAUUGGAGCGAUUCAGAUUUAAAUAUCGUGAAAAUUGGAUAUAACUCAAGUGUUCCAGACGCAUAUAAAGCAUUGGUGAAUUCUUUAUUUUCAAAUAAUCAGUGGGAUUAUGUUCACUGGGCUUAUGGAGACUUUGCAAAAUCAACAAGUUUUGGAAAAGACCCAGUUCUUAUGUAUAUCGUGAGAAAUCGAGAUCAAUUUGCAGGAUAUAGUUUUGACAAAAAUACAUUAAGAGUCCAAAAAGCACCUUUGGAUGUUGUUUUUUCUCCGUAUAUAAACGGCAGAGACACUUCUGAAAGAUAUGGUGAGCAUUUGUGUGUGUUAGCACCAAGCACGGGCGAGGCUACUGUUGAAGCGUUCACCUGUGCAGAAUCGGGUGUAAAAGUAUCAGCGCCAAGGGGAAAUCGAAUCACAGCAAAAUCAUCAAGUAGUAGUGCCACAGCUACAGCAUACUAUGUGGCACCAGACGAUGAAAACAACAAGACAUCAGAUAUAAUCAAUGACUUCUUUGAGUUAAAUGGAUUGCUUGGUAGAGCAAAGAGAAAUGGUGAUUAUGAGUUUUUUGAGUUUGGAGAGUUUAUAGACCCACUAUAUCCAAGUGACAAUAUAUUCCCUGAUGAUAACUUAUAUAUGAUUGAAGGCAAUUCUGAAAUCAUAGCAAAUGACAAGAUUGAGCGUGUGGAGUUUUAUGAGGACACCGAAGAACCAUUCGGAGCAGUUUUCUAUGAUUAUAUAGAUACAAAUAAUCAAAAGGCUGUAGGGCUUUAUCAGUUCGAUGCUCGAUAUAAUAAAGCUUAUUAUUUGCAGAACAACAAACUCAUUGCAGAUUCUCCAAGGACACAGACGCAGAUUAACGCCACUUUGGAUGCCGUGUUUAUUCCAAAGUUAAGAAAGAUUAAAUGGGCGAAGUUCAAGGCUGAUACCGUGGGUAUGCCUUGGCUUGAGAGUGGCGAUAGGAUAAAUGUUGUCACACAGAAUAAGUCUGUGCAUAGUUAUGUAUUCAAUCGCACCUUAAAGGGAAUCCAAGCACUUAUGGAUGAAAUAGACACCAAUAUCAACUAUAGCGAUGUAAACGCUAUUGCUACAACGGAGGGUUAA